AUGAACUCUUCUUGGCCCGGUGGACUAUCCUGGCUGCAGUUUCCCUUUCCCUGUGGUGAUGAACAUCUUCCUUUCCCUCUCGGAAGCUUAGAAGGAGUAAACAUGCCGCCUGUAAAACAGUAUGCGAAAUCCAUAACUGCUGUGGCGGUAGCAAAUGAAAAUGGUCACACCGUUGUAUUUCUAGGGACCUCGAAUGGCGAAGUCAUUAAGAUUUUUAUGCGAGAUGGAGCCGAAGAGUAUGGGACUGUUCAGGUCUGGAGCAAUUCUGUAAGAGGUGAACUUGUCUUUAGUGCAAAAGAAGAACAUUUGUAUGUUUUAUCAACAAAUAAGGUAACUUACAUUCCUGUUCAGACGUGCAAUGAUUACAAGGACUGUCAAUCUUGCAUGAAGUCACGAGACCCCUACUGUGGCUGGUGUGUAACAGAAGGAGAGUGUAAAAGGAAGUCUACAUGCUCAAGAGCUGAAGAAAAGAACCAUUGGCUGUGGAGCUUUAGUAAUGAAUGUGUCAGCAUUGUGGGUGUCGACCCUGAAUUUCUAAGCAUAGAAGAGGACCAUCCAAAGGUCUUGUUUACCACAAAUUUAUUCCCAGAUGUAUCUGAUGAUGAUAAAGUUUUGUGCAAAUUUGGCGAUGAUAAGAGACAAUUAGAACCGGAUGCUUACAAUAACACACAUGUAUCUUGUUUACCUCCACGUUCAGCAAAAAUUCCUCCAACCACCGGCUCUGAAGAUUAUGUAUUGGUUCCAGUGGAGCUUUUCCUUCAAACACCGUCACAUUCAAUAAUGGUCACAUCAGCAAAUUACACUUUCUACAACUGUAGUGCUGCUAUGAGUCUUUUUGAAAAUACUCCGUGUAUUUCUUGUGUUGGUAGCAAGUGGAAGUGUCAGUGGAAUCAAAAGGACCAUCGAUGUGUACAACCCACCAGCAGUGAUGAAAAUAGUAUACAGGCUGAGGAGAACUGUCCACAGUUUUUCAAUACAACUCCUCUCACACCUUUAUCUGUGGAGCAUGAAAGCAGAAUAAACUUUGAAGGAAAGAAUUUGGGACUUUAUGAGGGGAAAAGCUUCAUUGUUGGUAAUAAAGAUAUGGACUUCAGAGCUUCACUUAAGACCGAGGGUGACACGUACUACUUUACUACAGAAAAGUUUUCCUUGUCAAGCAGUGAAUCUGUACCACUUUUAUUCUACAUUGAAGAAGGAGAAAGUAAAAAUAAAAUUGACAGUGUGCUAAACGUUACCCUUUACAACUGCUCAUACGGUCGAAACGACUGCAGCAAAUGCCUUGCGGCUAAUGCAGAGUAUCAGUGUGUCUGGUGUGAUGUGGCAGGACAUCAAGUGUGCGUUUUCACGGAGUCUUGUAAGACUAAGAAAUAUGAUGACUGUCCAACUCCAACAAUAACUAAAAUUACCCCAAAUUCUGGCCCCCUUGGAGGUGGUAUAUUUGUGACUAUAAGUGGAUAUAAUUUAGGGAGAAAAGCAGAUGAUAUCAAAAACAUCACAAUUGCAAACAUUCCCUGCGAAUUUGAAAGGAAACUGUAUUCUGUCUCUGACAGGAUUGUGUGUAAAACUGGUAAUACUAAUGCUACCACCAAAGGUGGUGUUAGAGUAACCAUAAACCCUGAAAAGACGGGCUUUUCUGACGUUAUGUUUGAGUACAGGGAACCUAAAGUUCAUGAAAUUCACCCCAACAAAGGUAUUCGCGAUGGAGGAACAAACAUUACAAUCUCUGGUACACAUUUAAAUACAGCUUCAAUGGACGAUGUUAGUGUCUCACUAGGUGGCGUAAACUUGGAGGACGAAACAUUACUGUGACUGGAGAAGGGUUUUCUGCAGUGAGUCAUUCAUUUAUGGAGGUGCACACCACACCGAAUUCACAUAGGAGGAGGAGGAAGAAGAGAUCUUUAACAUCGGUGGUGAAGACGGCUGCUGUGCGUAUGGAUGGUGACAGUACUGUUAUAUUUUCUUCUCCAACCAUAGCUCAUAAUCCAUAUGAGUCUAGAAUUCGUGUAUAUGUCAUCAUGGAUGGCUUUAGUGAGGAUAUUCCUUCAGAAGGCAAUGCCUAUAUCUUCAUAUAUCACCCUGAUCCUGUGUUUGAGAGUUAUAAUGAAUCAAAUAUUCAAGGAAACACUGUUAUCACUGUUAAGGGAAGUGGUCUCAUUUCUGCAAUGACUGCAGAAGAAGCUGAGGUAUAUGUGGGAGACAAGAGAUGCAGUAAACAGACUCUCACUGAUACUAAUUUGUUUUGCGAACUUAGCGUUCAGGACAUUGAAGCUCUUAGUAGUACAAAGGAUACCCCCCUGUUUAAGGUGAAAUUUGGAAAUAGAAUUUGGGUAUUGGGCAAAGUAAUGUUUGCCUCUCCAGUACCUCUGAAUGUCAUUUUACCUUUGAUAAUAAUUCCUAUGGUGGCAAUCAUCUUCAUCGCAGUCAUCUGCUACAGACGAAAAAGCCAGCAGGCUGAGCGAGAAUAUGAGAAAAUUAAAUCACAGCUUGAAGGUCUGGAGGAAAGUGUAAGAGAUCGAUGCAAGAAGGAAUUCACAGAUCUUAUGAUUGAGAUGGAAGAUCAGACGAAUGAUGUCAACGAAGCAGGAAUCCCGUUUUUAAACUACAAAACAUACACAGACCGUGUCUUCUUUUUGCCAUCCAAAGAUGGAGAAAAUGAUGUCAUGAUAACCGGUAAAAUCGACAUUCCUGAGUCUCGACGCCAGGCUGUGGAAAAUGCUUUGAAUCAGUUCUCUAAUCUGCUGAAUAGCAAAUUAUUUCUCACCAAUUUUAUUCAUACACUGGAAGGUCAAAAGGAAUUUUCUGCCAGAGAAAAGGUAUAUUUUGCAAGCUUGCUUACUGUUGCUUUACAUGGAAAGUUGGAGUAUUACACAGACAUCAUGAGGACGCUGUUUUUGGAGUUAAUGGAGCAGUAUGUGGCCAAGAACCCCAAGUUAAUGCUUAGACGGUCAGAGACUGUUGUGGAACGAAUGCUUGCCAACUGGAUGUCAAUCUGCCUGUACAGUUUCCUUAAGGAUUCUGCAGGUGAACCCCUCUACAGAUUGUUCAAAGCAAUCAAGCAUCAAGUAGAGAAAGGGCCUGUUGAUGCUGUGCAGAAGAAGGCCAAGUAUACGCUGAACGACACUGGACUAUUAGGAGACGAUGUCGAAUACUCAACACUGACUGUGAAUGUAUUUAUUCAAGGUGAUGUAGCAGAAGUGACACCUGUCAAGGUGCUGAACUGUGAUACAGUCUCUCAAGUUAAAGAAAAAAUAAUCGAUCAAGUCUACAGAAACGUACCAUUCUCACAAAGACCAAAGUCGGAAACAGUGGCACUUGAGUGGCGUCCAGGUUCUACAGGUCAGAUCUUGUCUGAUUUGGAUUUAACAUCGAUAACAGAAGGAAGGUCCAAACGACUAAAUACCCUAAAACACUACAAUGUUCAAGACGGUACAACUCUGGUUCUUACAAAAGCAGUACUCACCCAGCAGCAGGAGGACCACCAGCAAGAUAUUUACAGUGAAAAAAAUGCACUAUUAGAGGAUGACAGCAAAACCUGGCAUUUAGUCCGGCCUGCAGAUGAAGUUGAUGAAAGUAAGUCAAAGAGAGGGAGUCUUAAAGAAAAAGAACGGACCAAAGCCAUAACUGAAAUCUACCUAACAAGACUACUCUCUGUAAAGGGUACACUGCAAAACUUUGUGGAUGAUUUCUUCCAAAGUGUGCUUAGCUCAAAUCAGGUAGUGCCUCCAGCAGUAAAAUAUUUCUUUGAUUUCCUUGAUGAGCAAGCAGAAAAGCAUGGCAUUAUAGAUGAAGACACAAUACACAUAUGGAAAACAAACAGCUUACCACUGAGGUUCUGGGUUAACAUCUUGAAAAACCCCCACUUCAUCUUCGAUGUUCAUGUGCAUGAAGUAGUCGAUGCAUCGCUUUCAGUUAUUGCACAGACCUUCAUGGAUGCCUGCACAAGAACAGAGCACAAACUCAGCCGAGAUUCUCCGAGCAACAAAUUACUUUAUGCAAAAGAGAUAUCAGCAUAUAAGAAGAUGGUGGAAGACUACUACAGAGGAAUCCGACAGAUGGUACAAGUAAGCGAUCAAGACAUGAAUACACAUUUAGCCGAGGUGUCUCGGGCCCAUACAGAGUCAUUAAAUACACUUGUCUCACUAUAUCAGCUUUACCAAUAUGCCAGCAAAUACUAUGAUGCGAUUAUUAAUGCACUAGAAGGAGAUCCUGCCUCCCAAAAGAUGCAGCUUGCCUUUCGCCUACAACAGAUAGCAGCCGCAGUAGAAGAUAAAGUCACGGACCUUUAACUGGGGGUACUACAUCCACACUAAUAAAUCCGAAGUGCAGAUGUUUAAAUUUAUUCUUCGUUGUAGGGGAUAUAGUAUUAUAUUUUUAUUACGUGGUUCAGUUUCUAAAUGACACUAGUUUUUGCUGUCUGAACUGCACUGUAAAAUAGCUUUUGUACUGUAACUUAUGCCGGUAAUUACCUGUAUUUGUAUGUAAACGAAAUAGUUGAAGUGGCACACUGAUGGGGUGGGAUAAAAGGGAAACUGCCUAAACAUGGAAGAAUAUACUUUUUUAUUAAGUGGCAUGAUUUGAAUCAUCAGCAUUUUUUAUAAUUUUAUAUGCAGUUACACCGAAUUCUUUAGCUGUCUUUAUAUCAAAGCAAUAUGUGUCAAUGGGCAUGUUUUAAAUAGCAUUGCAGUUUCCAUUUAGCUUUGUUUGAAAUGAGUUACCUAAAAUUGGUCAGUUAAUUAAUGUUGUAAUUUUCUGCCAAAGUGCCAGACUGUAGAAGAUAAGCCUUUCUGUGAAACUUGAUUCCUACAUACCACAGAUUUUUUUUAGCAUGAAAUGUAGUUUUUAAAUGUGAAUUUUUUUGAUAAAUUAUGUAUAUUUUAUCCCAUAUUUGACAUGUCUUCAUAAGAAGAAAGGUACUUUUUCUUUUGGGAUUACUAGCUAAACAUUGAAAUCCAUAGAUUUACAAGUUACUAAUUCAUCCCUUGUAAGUGAGGAGACGUACUCUAGUCAAAGGUAUGAGCGUAGGUUGACCCAGUUCAGUGUGUGCCCUUGGCUUUCUUUUGUCUUUACUUUUACUUUACAUAUGCUGAUGUGCCUUAUCUUAACUGAUCUGUAAUGAAUUUGCUGUUCGGAUACUUUGAAGUAAAUACUUGAGACUGUUUCAUUUCCAUGCUGUUGAAUAUGUGCAAAAACGACGACUACAGAAUUUUUGUAAUUAUUGUGACUUCUCUAACCAUUGUGGAUUUUUUAAAAAUUGCUUUAGGCAUUUUCAAGUUGAAGAUAUUGUAAUAUUUUAAAUAUUUUUUUAUUUGGUGGGGGAGUUAGCAGAUUGAAAAUAUCUUGUUUUUAUGUGUGUUACUUUAAUGUAAAUAGCAGUCAUAUAAAGAAAACAAAUCCUGUGUAUUCAUACCACUAAAUUUGUAUAACAUGUUGAUACUUUUGAACGCUGCUGCAGAUCGACAUGAUCUAAAGCCACUAAUCUCAAAAAGUAAACAAUUUCCAUGAAUAGUA